AUGAGAGUAGAGCAGGGUCAAUUGACCCAAACGUUGGAUGACUCUAAUCUAAUAGAGCAAAACAAGGCCUGCACACGCCUGAAGUCAAUCGAGCUGAAGCAAAAGCGCUUUUCAGAAGCAAGACGUCGCUUGUCAAGAGAGACAGAUCGCCUUUUAGAACAGAGUCAUCGGUUGUCAGAAAAAGGACUUGGCGGACCCGAAGCAAGCGUGCAAACAAUCGCGAUGGAGGAAGAAUUUAGGUCAGCUAUUGAAGCGAACCGCGUCAUAGAUAAAAUACUUCGCGGUGACGAAGCACGGAUGCAAAACCUAGCGGCAGAAGAAAGAGCUAAGGUAGCUAUGGAAGGCACCCACGUGAAAGGACGCCGUCGAGGUCUUCCUCUACUUCUCGAAGCCCACGGUGGAUUAAAAGAAAUCAUGACCUGCUACGACACCGGAACGUACGAUAAUCACAUGUCUCGUGCCAAAGCAAUCGAGUUUGGCUAUACUAUCGAUCCGAGCCCUGAUGUCCAUUCGCAUUUCCAACUGCCGAAUGGCAAGACCAUCAAGGCCGUGGGGCACGUGAUUGUGGCAGUUCAGUUCGCUAGACAAGUAGGCUCGGAAGUAGCUUCUAUGACCUGUCGUUUCAACGUGUUCGAACACUUGGCUCUACCAGUGCUUAUCGGUAUGACCUUCCUCCAGGCCACAGAGACCAUAAACAAGUACACAUCACGCAUGGUAGACCUACCCGGAACCCGGAAGCGCUCGCUCCGUUUGUAUUCGAUGGGAAAUGCGACAAAUCAAGUCUCGUGUAUCAUUGAGGGGCGAAGAAUCUCAGCCGCUGCAGACACUGGAUCUGAGAUCGCCCUGAUCAGUGGCACAUAUGCUAGAAAACGCGGUCUCAGCAUCAGAGAAGGCUGCGAAGAGCUUGAGCUUGCUGAUGGCUCACUCGAGUACACCAGCGGGUUCGCAUACGCCAGAAUUAGUGUAUUGGAUCGCAGCCACUGGGAAAAGAGGUCGACGUCGAUAUCUGCGUCAAAGUGGAAAGCAAAGCCAGGAUUGAGACCUGAAUGGAUUCGCUUCCAUGUUCUGGAGUGCCUCCAGCUCGACGUGCUCCUGGACGAAAGAACAAGCGAUGCCUUGGAUGUCUUCAAGAAUGGCUUCGUCGAGUUCAUGUUGGAUGCGCCUGACGUUGUACCCAGCAUAUCUCCAAUUAUCCACCUAGGCUCCGUGGAAGCUUCUCUUGCACGGGCGAGCGACAAAUGUACCUCAGCAUUCUCAAAGCCAGCAUCUUCGUCUAGCGCUGCAAGUACAGUGAGUCCAGCGGGACCAAACGAUGCUACGUCGCAAGCUCGUGCCGAGCUGAUACCUACUCUCAUCAGCCAGCUGGAUCAAGCAGAAAAUCGCCGGCUUGAUCAGAUAGAGAAAAGAGGCGCCUCUGCUACAGAUGACACACAAAAGCAACGAUAUGAGCUUGAUCGGACAAAGCUUUUGGACGAGCUGCGUGGAUUGAAUGGCACACAAGUGCCUUGA